UCUUUCAGGUGAAAUGUUUAUUCGUUUUUUUUUAUAUCGUCGUCACAUAAAAAUUUAAUUGCAGUGAUGAUAAUGUUAUUUAAUGUAGGUUAGUGUUUGUAAAUAUUGAUUACAUUGAAAUAAAAGUCAAGGUCAUGAGUGCACAUUAGUGUAUGAUAAAUUUGUCAGUAAAGUGCAACCUAUUAUCAUAAUUUUUUAUCAUAGCUGACUUAAAUUUCAAAUUAUAAAAGAGCACAAUGACUACUAAUGGACUUGUACACGAGCAUGCAUCAUGCAAACAAAUGUGUAACAUAACAAAUAGUUGGAAAUGGGAUAUUACAAAUAUACUUGACAUAGAGAAAAGGAAAAACACUAAAUAUGCUGUUUUAGUAUUAAAUCGGCCCAUAUCACAGAGUCAAGACUUUGUUAAGGGCUUAUGGAAUGGGGCAUCAUUUAGGAUGACUGUUGACGGUGGUACAACACACUGGAACAAAUUCUUGAAAAAUCUGUCAUUUGAAGAUCAGCAAGCUAUGCGGCUACCAGAUAUGAUAACUGGAGACUUUGACUCCAUCACUACAGAUCUACUUCAGGAGUAUAAAAAGAAAGGUUGUAAGGCUUUGCAUACUCCGGAUCAAAAUGACACAGAUUUUACAAAGGCAUUGAUGGAAUUGAAUAAUCAUUGCAAACAACAUGAGACGCAGAUGGAUCACGUUAUAGCUAUUGGUCAAAACUCGGGCCGCAUAGACCAAAUCCUAGGCAACAUUCAAACACUUUUUCUUGUCAGAGAACGAGAGUUGUUGAGUCCCAACACUAAAGUGUAUAUAAUGUCUGACGAUACAAUGUCCUGGCUUCUCUCACCCGGAGAUCAUGUGAUAUUUGUUCCGGAGGAUACUAGAAGUAAUAAAAGGGCUUGGUGCUCUUUAGUGCCGAUUGGUGAAAGUUGUGAAUUUGUCACAACUAGUGGAUUGAAGUGGAAUUUGAACAAUCAACCAUUAAAAUACGGAGUUUUAGUGAGCACAUCCAAUACCUUUGAUGGUUCUGAAUUUGUAAAAAUUAAAUGUAGCCACACCUUACUGUGGUCAAUGAAAGUUCCUAGACUAACUUGUUAAAGAAAAUAGCAGCGCAGACGAAAGAAUAGUGCAAUCUGUAGUAUACUAUUGUAUCCCUUUCCAUUAGUUUUUAAUCGUUUAAAUUGUUUUUUGUAUAAAACAAGAGGUUGUUAGUAAUACUGUGAACGUUAUUUGUCUUUUAUUGUGCACACAAAAAUAUGCCUAAAUAGAUGAUUAUAAGACAGGUAAUUUAAUUGUCAUUUUCUGUGACUGUCAAAAUGACAUUUCAUUCAUAUACGUAUAAAUGUUCUAAACUCACCCUAAUGUACUUUUUGCGUCUAUGAUUUUGUCCGUUAGUUCGAAUCUUACUUAAUAUAGUUGAAUAUAUAUUAAAACAUUGAAUACCGUUGACCUUAAUAUAGGUAUAAAUAGCUUUGAAUCAACAAUGACAAUAUAGCGCGCUUUUGUAGAUUUUCUAGAUAUUUCGAAUAGAAUAAAAUCAAUUAUUAUAUGUCAUGCAUCUUUCUGACCCGAUUUUUUAUUUGGUUUUUUUUACAAAUUGAUGUACAAUCGAUAUGCGAUGUAAACUACAUCUCUACAUUUCUUAA